CAAAUACAAACAAGCCAUUAGAUUCCAAAGAAUCUCAACCGACAAUGACACGCGACAUUGUGAUGAAGAACAGUACGGCCAAAGUUGGUGGUAGUGGUAAUCGUUCGAGUGAUAGCGUCAUUUCCAAGCAGAAACAGAUCGAUAGGUUAGGCGUCCCUCAGAAGGAGGACUCCGGCACAGAGAGUGGUGAGGACUUGCGCCUCAUUGCGGCAGGUCUGCGUGAUAGUUUGCAACUACAAAGUGAUACAAAUUUGAUUGAAGAGGUCACAGCCGCUCUAACACGUCUAGAGCUGUCCUUGAAAGAGGGCAAGGAUAUACCAGUUGAUGGUAGUAAACGCGAGGCUCUGCUUGCGUUGGUCGCCCGCCUCCAAACGGGUCUCAGUUCACCCGACGCUGCACUGAGUCUGUCAAAUAUGGCCAACAAUGCGGGGGCAUAUGAUGAGGCCUCCUCGCCGGAGACCGAUGGGCAACGUUCGAAUCGCCAACGUUUUGCACGUCGACGUAAUCGCAACAGUCGCCACACAGUCGGCGUAAGUCGGGAAGAAUUGGCCGACGCAAGACGUUACAUGGAAGAUAUGCAAAUGAUAGAGAAUAUAUCCAAUUGCACAACGCCUGAAAGCGGUCUGACGGGCAAUCCUGUCACGCCGCCCCAGUGGUGCCCUAUCGAGAAAAAUCCGUCGUCGGGUGCGAUACUGACGGGCAACUCGUCUUCGGCACUAUACCGUCCAAAUCAGUUUGUACCUGCGCAACUAAAGAACACAACAACAUGCCUUAAUAGCGAAAAACAAACAACUGAGCGAGAAAAGGAUACCUCAAAGAGCAAACGUCCGUUGUCGGGUAACUUUUCCGUCAGUUUCGAGCCAAAUUCUACCAAAAAUGAGACACAAACACAUUCGAAUGCACCGAAUGAAGAACCGACAGCGUCCCAUGUGAACGGCUAUGAUUCACCUGAUUCCAGUUUGAAAUCUAAUCGUUUCUCAAAUAAAAAACAACUUCUGAAGCGUGCAAAUACCAUCGAUAUACCGAAGUCCAAAAAAUACAAUCCCGACUUUGACACAGAUUCCGAGCCGGAGGACAAAGCACCACAGCUGGGCUUAAAGCGCACACUUCAAGUGAAUGUUAAGCAAAAAGUUCGCAGCGUUAUACCACCAUUCGUACCAAAGACUGAAAACGAUCACAAAUUUCUAGCAUUCAUCAACAAACAAAGCGAUAAGCCUGGUCUCGGCUGGACUGGUUCGCGUUCAGUUUCUAACUGGACCAACAAAUUCGGAAACUUGAAACACACCUUUGAAGUGGGCGCCGCGGCACAGGUUACCACCGGCAAACCACCGCAAGCGCCCGGUCACGUGCCACACAGCGCUGCCAAGAAUUACUGGCAGAAACAAGUAGCCGCACAGGACUACCAUCUGCAGCAACAAGAACAACAGCAAUAUCUACAAUACCAGCAACAGCAGCAACUGCUGCAACGCACUCAACAAGAGGCAAACGAACGUCAACGCCGCAAAGAGAGAGAGCGCCUUGAACGCGAACGUAUAGAAUGUGACCGUCUUGAGCGCCAGCGCUUGGAGCGUGAGCGGCAGGAGCGCGAUCGAAUCGAACGAGAGUACUACGAGAGGGAGAUUAUGGAGCGAGAACGUUUGGCUGCAGCACAGCAUGCCGCCAUGCCAAGCAUGUCGGUGCCAAAACCGGCGCCGGUCAAUCAAUUUCAGCACGCCCCUCAGUCAGUUUUCCGGCCCAUUGACAACAACGACUCCCUUAGUCAUAACAUUUUCAAACCCAUACCGCAACUGCCGCAAAAGUUGAAUACUUGGCAGCCACCAUCCAUUUCUAAUAAACCCCUCUCAGCACCAGCACAGAUAUCGCCUGCCUCACCGCAGUUCCAGUUCCUGACCACAAAACAGUCAGUGAAUGGCACACAAGUGACAUCACCUUCAUCCACCACCUCAUCGCCCAUAGGUUUGCCGUGGGUCGCUAGGCCCGCAGUAGACAAUAGCGAUUUCAGAAAGAAAACGCAUACCUUCGAGGAACGUUCCCAAAAUGAUAAUCGUCAAAAUUCAUAUUUGCAGAGGCAUCAUUCGCUGCGUUCGUCAAAGGUUAGCCAACAACCACCAAUGGACGAGUACAAGAAAAGACCCUCACUGCCCAGCACCGCUGAUCCAUAUAUGGCCGCACACAGUCAGUAUAUACCAUCACAGCUGUCACAAGCCUACGGCUCUACAUCUGACACUUACGGUCCGCCACCACCACCAACCAAUAUCUCAUUUACGUAUGCCGACAUGGCGCGCAACAGCAACUACAAAAGUUAUCCCUGCUUACCAUCAGCUGUGGAGACUUCAAUAACUGUGGACUAUGUGCGGCAGCGCGAAAGUUCCUUAACCGAUCCGAAUGCGACACCAUUGGUGCUCACCAGUUCCAAUCCAACAUACCAGCCGCCUGGAGAUACUCGCGCCUACUACAACAAUAUUCCUAGAGCAAAGCAAUUCGAUUAUGUCAGCCCUAUGGGAAGCGCGCCAACAAGUCCCAGUAUCCUAACUAUGCAGCAAACGGAUUACACCGACGAUGAUCUGGACUCAGAUAAUUUGUUGGAAUACCGCGCCGAAACUCGGGUGAUGGGAAAGCCCCAAAGUCAAACCGCUGUAACAAUACGCGACAGGCGUACAGCGCAUGCCAGCGAUGAUGAAGUCUUCGGCAAGAACUCACGCAAUGCGCGAAACCUUCUGCAUGCAAUGAGAAAUAUCGGUAAAAAUGGAAAUGGUGGAGCGAAAGUAAAGAAGGAGGUUGUGAGGAAAGUGGAGUCGCCAAAGACUUGUCUAUCGCCGGAUGGUCGUGCAUAUCAAGCGCCAAUCGUUGAACCUUUGUUCCCAGAACUCACCAAAUUUGAGCCUAACCGCACGCCAGAGUACAUUGAGAGCACUAUUAAGGCUCCGGUUCAAGCUAACCCGAAAAAAUUACGUGCUAAAACGCCACCAAUGCCCAGCCAGCACAUCGAUCGCAGUUUGCAAUUGGCACGUGCUGAGAAGAAAUAUCGGGCGGAACAGCAGAAGUAUGUGGAACAGGUUAAUAAUACAAGUGUAAAUAAUACGCGGAAAGAAGAGCAACAAAUGCAAUACCAGCAGGUUAGCGCCGUAUCCAGCGCUUCUUCUGCAAAAUCACUCCCCUUCGUAAGUGAGACUCAAACUGCCUAUGUAGUCACAUAUCCGACAGAGGAUAUUUAUGAGAACGGCUAUGGGAAACAACAUCCAAAUUCAUUGCCAUUGCAGCGAAACCGCAAUGUAUCUGAAAAUUCGUCCGCCAGUUCAUCAGUGUCACAAAACUUACCUUCACCCGGCACAAAUUGGACUCCCAAUCCCAUACAUUCGGUGGUUGAAGUUAAGCCACAACACAAGUCCCAACACUCUAUUGGCAGUAGCAGUGAGUCACAAAAUAUGUACCAAACACAAACUCGGGCGCCCCCACAGACGAAAAGCUACAACAAUGUGCAAAGCAUGCCACAACCAAAGCCAAAUGUAGCACCCAAAUCUGCGGUAACUACCGCGCACUAUAUACCCCCGCCACAAUCCGAGCCUGCCUAUCAACAACAAUAUACUCAACCACCUAACAAGAAGCCGCUGGCUCCACCACAAGUACAGUCCAAAUUACCACAACAAGAAAGAGAAUAUCAGCCUCCAGUACAAGCUACAUCGGCGCAAGUGAAAAGUGUGCCUAAAUUGACGACAAGAAGUCAGGUAACAUCUUCUACAUGGCAGACUAAAUCCUUUGAACAGCACACUCAGCCACAGCAGAUAUCGCUCCCAAGGCAACGAACCUUCGACUCAGCGAUAAGUCCACUGCAAGCCCAAAAUCGCGUACUGUCGCAGCAAUCAUUGGUCGCUAGCAAGCAGCGUAAGUUCGAACAGCAUGAGCAAGAACAACAACAGUCGACGGAAACUCGACGCAAGAGUCUUGGUAAUGUUUUCGAUAUUCAACAAGAAAAAAGAAAAGCGGCUUAUAUGUUGGACACGAAAACCGUAGUUAAGCAGGAGUACAAGUCAUCGGCUCCACCUGAUACGCCAGAUAUCGUCAAGUCAUCACUGCCCAAAGAGGAUAUGCCCAUACUGAAAAAGUUUGGUCCACCACAACGUCAUCAUUAUAUGCCCAAUUCUUAUCAGAGUCCCGUGACCAAUACACAAACGCAACAAAAGUUCGAGAGCAGCAGCACGAAGGUCACAAAGAGUAGGCACCACGAAAUUGUGCAACAUUCAACAUUGACCAAGAAACCUUCUAUAGUGGAAAUACCAGCCACUCCACAGCCAGACGAAGAUCUCAUACCGCGCAACAUUGUCUUCAACAACAUCAGCGCAUUCACAUCAAUGUCGCGUCGGCAGGAGGAGAAUGAGCAAACACAUUUUGAUGCGCAUCCUCCUCGCACGAAUCGCUUGAGCAAGAGCGAUUCGUGGAACCAAAUAGUACAACUACAAAAUCAAGCGAAUGCACAGCUGCCACCUACCUCGCCAAAAUUCGGCAGCAGCGCCAACGGCGGUGGCGAAUUGCGUCGCACCAAGUCUGGGCAUACGUUGAAUGUGCGCAUGUAUGAGGCGGGCAUCGAUAAGGCACAAAUUGGUGAGAAGAAACGCACCGUCGAGGCAUAUUUUUCAGGCAAAAGAUCGCCAAACCAAUUGGGAGAAGAAUCAGUUGAAAUGAGGACUGCAACAACGACAACAGCAACAACGUCGGCCGCCAAUGCAGGAGGUCCCAAGAAAUCGACAAUCAAUCGGCACAAAACCAGCGAAAAGAUUUCGGCGAGUCGCAAAUCGCUGACCACAAUGACGAGCAAUGGUGUGCCUUCAGCUGGAACAACUGUGUUGGGGGAGCAACAAGCUACAUCGACCACUGAGAAAACGGAAACAAAGGAAAAAGAUGGUGCCGUUGUGACAACUACAACUAAAGUUACAACACGCACUGUAAGUGGCGCUGGCAGCUCUGCAUCGAAGCCAGCUUCGCCGUUUGCGAAAUUCCAUCAGCUGGACAAACAAAACUCUCAGCAAUCGCCAAAAUCACCGUCAACACCCACCACUCCCGGGGGCACAGCCUCACCUUCCGGUUCCGCACGCAUAUUCCAAUUUACUGAUCCGGCAUUAAAUGCACGCGCCGCCACUGUUAAGGAACAACUUCUGCAGUGGUGCCAAUCGAAAACGCAGGAAUAUGAGAACGUCCAAAUAACUAACUUUAGUGCCAGCUGGUCAGAUGGUUUAGCAUUUUGUGCUCUAAUACAUCAUUUCUUGCCAGAUUCCUUCGAUUAUAGUAAAUUAACACCAAAAAGCCGAAGACAUAAUUUUGAAUUAGCUUUCACUGUGGCCGAUGAGAAAGCUGGCAUAGCGCCACUACUCGAUGUCGAGGAUAUGGUAGAGAUGAAACGACCCGAUUGGAAAUGCGUUUUCAUAUACGUACAGAGCAUCUACCGUCGUUUCCGUAAUUGCCAAUAAAAUCGGGAAAAACCACAAAUUAAAUAAUCUUCUGACAUCAUCUUGGCUUGCGGUCAUCAGCAAAAAAAAAAAAUGAAAAAUAUUUAUUGAAAAAUAACUAUUGGUGUAUACUAAUCCUUCAUUGCCAUGAAACCGAUCUUAAAAAAACGGUUCUACAUAUUUGCCAAAAUUUUUUGUUGUUAAUUAUGAAUACAAUGGUAUUGGGCACUGGGAUGAACGAUUUCAUGUUCUAUGUACUACUCUGCUAACUCUUGCAAAAAAAUUAAAACAUAAUUCAUAAACGUAUGAAGAAAUUUUAACAAAACUACGAAAACCUAGUACGUAUUUGUAAUUAAAUAUAUUUAUUAUUGCAUAUAAAAAAAAACAUAACAUUUUGUGUAUUGGUUUCCUAAAUCUUGAGCAAUAAAAACAGAACGUAUCUCUCAUACAUAUGUACAUAUGUAGGUACAUUGUACAUACGAGUAUAAACUUUUGUAACUCGAUCUGGAUCGUACGACGUAGAUUAAGUCGACUAUAUUUUUGUACGUACAAAAAUAAUUAAUGUGAACAUUUUUUGAAAUUUCUUGUGAAUUUACACGCUGUAGCGCAAAAUUAUUUUGGACUAUUGAAUAAUUGUUCUUGUUGUUGGUGGUGCAUUAAUGUAAAAUUACAUACAAAACUACUUGUUAAAAAUUGAACUAAGUAGAAUAAUCGACUUGUAAAAAAAGAAGCAAGCACAUUAUUGAUGAUAUAUAUAUACAUAUAUAAUACAUAUUUUAUGUAUAACCGUACUCGUAUGGAGAAAAUGCAAUAUUUCACAUGCGCUUGUUUUCGCUUUUCUCGAUAAGAAA